UGGCGGAGGCUCAGAGCCGCAGCGGGCGCGUGCCCGGCGGGCUGGUUUCCCGGGAAACCUGACGCCUGCUCCCAGAGCCGUGCGGAGUGGAAGCCGGCGAGCCGGCGGCGCUGCGUGGGUCACAGCCCUGCGCGGCCCCUGCGCGGUCGGUCGAGGUCUCUGAGCUUCGGCGCGGCCCCGCGGCAGGCGGUUGGAAGAGGAGAGACAUGGCGGGUCGCUGUUCCUUAGACUCGUACUAUGAAAUCCCACAUACUAUCAGCUCUGAAAACCAGGUGGAGGAGAGGCCCAAGGGGCCUCCGGCUGCCGGGACCUUGGAGAGCUCCAUGCUGGAUGCCAAAAGACGCAUCCCAGAGGCCCCAGAGGGCGAAGACGAGGAGUCUGAGGGCCCCCUUAGGGAGCAGGACCUGAAGGAGGCCUACAUCCCGCUGGUCCGGGGGCUGCAGGAGUGGCAGGACGGCUGCAUCUACCGCGGAGAGUUCGGGCUGGACAUGAAGCUGGGAUACGGGGAGUUCUCUUGGCCGACGGGCGAGUCCUACCACGGGCAGUUCUACCGGGAUCACUGCCACGGCCUGGGCACCUACACGUGGCCGGACGGCUCCAGCUUCACGGGCACCUUUUACCUCAGCUCCCGGGAAGGUUAUGGCAUCGCACGGCGGCCGGCGAGGCUCUUCCAGGGGCUGUACAAAGCGGACGAGCGGUUCGGGCCGGGCAUCGAGACCUACCCCGACGGCAGCCAGGACGUGGGGCUGUGGUUCCGAGAGCACCUCAUCAAGCUGUGCGUGGAGAUCCCCAGCGGCUUCUCCCUCCGCGGCUACCCCGAGUUCUCGGGCUUUCUCACGCACACACCUGUCAGAAUCAGCCUCUCGGACGCGGGGAAGAUGGAGUGGGCCCCGCGGGAAGGGCAGGACCCGUUCUUCUACGACUACAAGCGGUUUCUGCUGGAUGACAGCCUCACUCUGCCUCCGGAAAUGUCCCUCUACUCGACCGACCACAGCCACCUGCCCAUGACCGCCUCCUUCCGCCAAGACCUGGACGCCCGCGUCUUCCUGAACGACGUCCCCCCGUUUGUGGAGGAUGGAGAGCCCUGGUUUAUCAAAAACGAGACCCCGCUGAUGGUCAGAAUCCAGAGGCAGGCUUACAAGUUCAGGAACAAGAGGGCGCACACCAGCUGGAACGUGGACACCAUCCUGGAGGGGAAACGGAGCGGCUUCGCGCGCCGCGGGCCCAAGGAGCGGCUUUCCAAGGAGACGAUCCUGCAGGCCCAGGAGGGGAAUCACGACUGGAUUUACGGCGUCCUGAAGGACAACCUCGUCAGCCCCGACGUGGCCGACGCCAGGGGCUACACGGUGCUGGCCGCGGCCGCUGUUCACUGUCACGUGGACAUCGUCAACCUCCUGCUGGACAACGGGGCGGACGUGAACAAGCGCACGGACGAGGGGCUCACGGCGCUCAGCAUGUGCUUCCUCCUCUACUACCCGAGCGGGGCCUUCGAGCCCGGCGUUGCCGAGAGGACGGUGCCUGAGCCCCAGGAAACUUCAAAACCUGUAACAAUUCCCAGCUGUUCCUCCUCCAUCCCCGAGGCAGCUGAGGAGCCAGCGCGUCUGGAGGAGCUGGCACGGGCCCAAGGCGGCCAGGACCCAAAGCCAGAGGGCGGCCGGGCGUCUUGGGACAGGGACCCCAGGAGCAGCCCCCCAAGGUGGGGCUCCGCUUCCCUCAGGAGCAGCGCCAGCCACUCGGGGAAUUCGCGGAGUGCGGGGCCGGGGCCCUUGGACCGGUGCUCCCUGUGCAGCAGCGAGACGGACUUGGAGUCCAGCGGGUGCGUGUGCAACUCCUGCGCUGAGCUGUCGCAGGACCUGCUGGAGCGGAGCGCCCAGAAGCACAGCCUGCUGAAGGCCCCCGCCGCCCCCGGAGAGGGCACCGUGAGGAGGAUGGCGCGGUCCAUGGUCCAACGCAGACGCAGGUGGCUGACCAUCAGCCUCCUGCUGCGGCGCGGCGCCGACCCCAACCUGUGCCGCGUGCCCAUGCAGGUGCUGCUCCUCGCGGUGAAGGCCGGGGACGUGGACGGCGUGAAGCUGCUGUUGGAAAGCGGAGCCCGGACCGACAUCCAGUUCCCGCCGCAGCUGGGGGCCCUGACCCCCCUCCACCUCGCGGCCGCCCUUCCCGGGGACGAGGGCAUCAAGAUCACAGAGCUGCUGCUCCAUGCCAUCACCGACGUGGACGCCCGGGCGGCCGACCAGGACGACGUGUACAAGCCGGGCAAGCCGGACCUGCUGCCCUCGAGCCUGAAGCUCAGCAGCGAAGCAGGCCCGCCCAGCACCUACUACAGUGGCUGUGCGUCUGUCCCCGACGAGGGCGGCAGGACGGCGCUGCACGUGGCCUGCGAGCGGGAGGACAACCACCGGUGUGCCAGGGACAUAGUCCGGCUGCUCCUGUCGCACAGAGCGAAUCCCAACACCCUGUGGAGUGGCCACUCCCCACUCUCCCUGUCCAUCGCCAGCGGCAACGACCUGAUUGUGAAGGAGCUUCUGUCCUAUGGAGCUGACCCCAACUUACUCCUGACCAAAGGCCUGGGCAGUGCCCUGUGUGUGGCCUGCGACCUCGCCUAUGAGAGCCGGAGGAGCAUGGACAGCAAGCUGGCCCUGAUCGACCGGCUCAUUAGUCACGGGGCCGACAUCCUGAACCCCGUGACCCUCACGCAGGGGGACAAGGUGGCGGUGGGCACUGCUGUCGACUAUGGCUAUUUCAGAUUCUACCAGGACCGGAAGAUCGCCCACUCCCCCUUCCACACGCUGAUGCCGGCGGAGCGGGAGACGUUUCUGGGCCGGAAGAAGCUCCUGGAAUACAUGGGCGUCCAGCUGCGGCGAGCGGUCUUUGCCAAGGAGUGCCAGUGGGAUCAAAAGGUGCUGACCCUGAGCAAGCGAGCGGAGCUGGCCCCCUGCCUCCGGAUGAAGCAGAAGGGCACCAGUGUGCCCAAAGGGCUGGACUUGGAGGAGCAGGAUCAGAUUCCCUUCUUCAAGUUCUGCUGCCAGUGCGGCCGCUCCGUCGGGGUGCGCCUCUCGCCCUGCGCCCGCUGCUACGGGAUCCUGACCUGCAGCAAGUACUGCAAGAACAGAGCCUGGAGCGACUUCCACAAGAGGGACUGCGGCUCCCUGAUGGCCAUUGGGAAAACACACUUGAUGCCGUCCAUCAAGAAACCCUUGAGGCGUCUGGGCAAUGAGCCCCAGAAGCCUGAGACCCUGCAGCUGCUUCGUCAGUCAAGGAGGCGCAGGGCCAGCAGGUCCGGGACCACCCAGGACUGCGGGUGAGCAUGCAGUUGCUGCUCGGCAGGCAUGCGGGGAGCCUGUGCUGCCCCCAGGCCCGAGGGGAGCCGCAGCCCUGCAGGACACCCCUCUGUGGAGCUGCACUGUCCCCCCCCCCCCCGCCUAUGCUGGGGUCCCAGCCCCUGGGCCCUCAGCACUCCAAGCCCUGGGUGACCGAGAGGCACUGCUGAAUAUUUGCUGGCAGACCAGUGCUGGCUGCAACCCCAAAUAAAGUGACCCUCAGUG